AUGGGGAGCUGCUGCUGCAGCUGCGAGGACGAGGAGGCCCCCGCUGGAGAGGAGCGGGCUCGGCUGCUGGAACCUCCCGGCGAGCAGGACGGGUCCUCCACAUCCGACUCGCAGAGCUGUCCGGACGAGCAGUCCUUUCUCGCGUCCAUCCUGGCCGAGGUGUCGAGCAGCAUCAUCGACGUGGCAGCGGCCCAGUCGCAGCGCCUGGGGCCUCACGAAUGCAUGGAUCGCGCCCGUUUGUAUCACAGUCGGCUCGCCAAGCUCAACUGGGCCGUUGUUUGCGGAGGCGGGAGCUGCUGCGGAUCCGGGACCAGCUGCGGCGGUGGAUCAUCUGGAGGCGGUCUUCGGAGCUACUGGAAGAAGAAGGGGCCGCCCGCCACGCCCCUGCCCUCCUUUACCAACCACCCACACCGCGUGUUGGCCGGCGCCCUGGUACCCUACGCAGACGUACAGCAGGCCAUGCUCAUCGCAGCAGACGCCCACCGCGCCAUGCAGCACGUGCGCGUUCUGCCCCAGGAGGAGUUCGUGGUGCAGUUCGAGGUGGUGUGA